AUGGCAUCUGGUGAAGGUGAUACUGUUGGAAUUAUGGAGAUUCAAGCAGAAGAUUCUUCUAGACCUGAGGAGCAUUUGUCUGAUUCUGAUACGAAUCGUCAAAGCAAGGAUGGAAGUAAUAUAAAUCUAGUAAUGGAAAAUGGCUUAUCUGAUGGCAAUGAAUGUUCGGCUGAUACUUAUGAUCAGCUUCUGCAAAUGGUUGUUGACCUGAAAUUUCAGAAUGAAUUCUUGAAGUCCCAGUUUGAGGGGUUUAGCAAUGUUAACAGUGUAAGUACUGAGUCUAGUAUACAGAAAGGAGCUGGUGGAGUGGAAGAUGGGGAAUCUGACGUUGUGAAAGAGCUCCAGGAAAGGAUAGAAUCAUUGAAUAAAGAGUUUCUGGAAGAGAAACAAACGAGAAUUGCAUCUGAAGAAGCUUUGAAGCACCUUCAAAUUGCGUAUUCAGAUGCAGAAGCAAAAGCCAAAGACCUCUCUGAACAGCUUGUAGAAGCUCAAAAUAAGUCAGAACGUGAAAUAAAAGAUUGGGAAGAGAAGUACUCUGAACUUGACGCCAAGUUCAACAGGCUUCACAAAAGGGCAAAACAACGCAUUCAAGAGGUUCAAAAGGAAAAAGACGAUCUUGAGGCACGGCUCACUGAGGAAAAUAAAUCUGCCGAGCAAGCAUCAUCUCAAGAGUUAGAGCGCACAAGGAAACAAGCAAAUGAGGCAUUGAAAGCCAUGGAUAGUGAUAGGCAACAGCUAAGAAGUGCAAACAACAAGCUUCGAGAUACCAUUGAGGAAUUACGGCGUUCAUUGCAACCUAAAGAGGACGCUCUUGAGGCGUUGCAAUUGUCACUUGCUGAAAAAGAACAGAUGCUGGAAGAUACAAGAGGAUUGCUUCAAGCUUCUGAUGAAAAAAGGCAAGCUGCACUAACUGAGCUCUCUGUCAAACAUCAAAAGAAUAUAGAGAGUUUGGAGGCUCAACUCAAUGAUGCUUUGUCUGAUAGAAGUAAGGCAGAUGAAUCCAUUUCUUCACUGCAGGUUCUAGUGGCAGAGAAAGAAUCUAGAAUUGCAGAGAUGGAGGCAGCAUCAACUGGGGAAGUAGCACGACUCAGAGCAGCCAUGGAAAGCGUGAAGGGGGAGAUUUCUCACUUUAAACAGGAGCAUGAAAAAGAAAGGGAAAGCUGGGAGGCUGCAUCUCAUGCACUUAAAGCGAAGCUCCAAAUUGCUGAGAGCAACUGUAUACGUGCAGAAAUUGAAGUAGCAAAAAUAAGAAGUCAGCUUGAAUCAGAGGUAUCUGCACAAGCCAAAAUCCUCACUAUGAGAGAUGCUGAAUUGUUAGCUGCCAAAGAAGAGAUCAGCAGUCUUGAGAGGGAUUUUUCUUCAUACAAGGCUCGUGCACAUGCACUUCUUCAAAAGAAGGACGCAGACUUGGUUGCAGCUAAAGACUCUGAACAACUCAAAGCUCUCGAGGAGGCUCUUAAAGAGGCUGAAAAUGAAGUAUUAUCAAUAACAGAAGAAAGGGAUAGAGUUCUUCAAGAUCUUCAAUCGGCCAUGGCCAAUAAUGAGAAAGAACUUGCCGAAAGAGACACUGCCCUUGAAAGUGUCAAGCAACAGAUAAGGAGUUUAGAAAUAAAGCUUGACUCAGUUAGUGCUCAGCACCUAAAAGAGAAAGAGGAAUGGGGACUGAGCCUUCAAAAUGUAGAAGAAACAUGGAGGAUCAGAUGCGAGGCAAUGAAGACCGAAAAUGAAGCAGCUGCUGCAGAAGGUAUGGAAAAGGAAUUGGAAGAUCUCAAACAGAGAUGUAAAAAAUUGAAGGAAGAACAUGCUUCAUUUCAUGAUCUUGCUGAUAGAAUGAUUGAGGACAAAGACAAUGAAAUAUCAAGACUUCUAGAUGAAAAUAAGAAUCUCCGCGAAUCUCUUCAAUCCAGACCACGCGCCAGUCAGAAUGAUCAUUACAACCCAGCCUUGCAUCAAUUGGAUUCGAGUAAUUUAAGUCCCUCAGAUGCUGAACAUCAAAUUCUGAUUUUGGCUAGACAACAGGCCCAAAGGGAGGAAGAGCUGGCACAGUCGCAGCGCCAUAUUUUAGCUCUUCAAGAAGAAAUUGAGGAGCUUGAACAUGAAAAUCGUCUCCACAGCCAACAGGAGGCAAUGUUGAAGUCUGAGCUUCGCAGCAUGGAAAGAGCGAAGAAAAGGGAAGGUGUAGAUAUGACAUAUUUAAAAAAUAUUAUCUUAAAGCUUCUGGAGACAGGUGAAGUGGAAGUAUUGCUACCAGUUAUUGGAAUGCUGCUUCAGUUUAGUCCAGAAGAGAUGCAAAAAUGUCAACAGACAUAUCAAAACUCAACAGAUGUUCCGCCAAGUCCUGCAAGUGAAACAUCAGGAUCUGGGCUCUCUCUUUUCUCAAGAUUCUCAUUUUCCUAA